UGAAUCUCGUCUGCUAAAAAACUAUGAAAACUUGGACCACUUUUCUUGACCAGAGAUGCCCGAUAGUUUAUGUUAGAUUUAGGUGGCAGUAAAUAGAGGCAUUAUGAAGGUUGCAUUGAUGGUAGCCGAGAAGCCGCAGCUGGCGCAUUCCUUAGCCAAGAUUCUGUCUAAUGGCAACAUGAACAGUCGUAAGGGAAUGAACGGAGCAUGCUCAGUUCAUGAGUAUGAUGGCAGAUUUCAAGGGGAAAGCUGCAAAUUUAAGAUGACAUCAGUAUGUGGACACGUUCUUGGAUUGGAUUUCCAGCCACGAUACAACAACUGGGAUCGCGUUGAUCCUGUUGAAUUAUUUGAGGCUGAAACGGAAAAGAAAGAAACAAAUCCAAAUUUACAAAUGCCAAAAUUUCUGUCUCGAGAGGGACAUGGAGUUGACUACUUGAUCUUGUGGUUAGAUUGUGACAAGGAAGGUGAAAAUAUCUGCUUUGAAGUUAUCGGUGCUGUCAAGCCAAAUAUGAAUAGAUCCAGAAGUUCUGAGAAGACAAUAUUCCGAGCAAAAUUCAGUGCUAUUACCGAAUCUGACGUCAAAGGAGCAAUGAAAAAUCUUGGUGAUCCAAACAGAAAUGAAGCAAUGUCUGUGGACGCUAGGUUGGAGUUGGAUCUGCGUAUCGGAUGUGCAUUUACUCGCUUCCAAACCAAAUUUUUCCAAGGGAAGUAUGGUAACCUUGAUAGCAACUUGAUCUCAUAUGGGCCGUGCCAGACACCAACUCUUGGAUUCUGUGUCAACAGGCAUGACCAGAUUCAGUCAUUCAAACCAGAACUCUACUGGGUGCUCCAAGUACAGGCAAACCAUCCAAGUGGAAGGAAGUUGAAUUUGGAUUGGGAAAGGGUUCGUUUGUUUGACAAAGAAGUAGCUCAGCUGUUUUUAAACAUGGUGAAGAAUACUGAUACAGCUAGGGUUUUGAGUGUGUCAAAGAAGGAGAAAUCAAAACAGCGCCCUCUUGCUUUGAACACUGUUGAAAUGUUGAGAGUAGCAAGCUCAGGUCUUGGCAUGAGCCCUCAACAUACAAUGCAGAUUGCAGAGCGACUGUAUAUACAAGGCUACAUCAGCUACCCACGUACGGAGACAACACAUUAUCCAGAGCAGUUUGAUCUGAAAGGCACAUUACGGCAGCAGCAACACAGUCCAAACUGGGGUGAUGACGUGAAGGAACUUUUAACAAAGGGUAUAAACAAGGCAAGAAAGGGUCAUGAUGCAGGGGACCAUCCCCCAAUCACCCCAAUGCGGUCAGCAAGUGAGAGUGAGAUAGGAGGUGAGGCAUGGCGUCUGUAUGAUUAUAUCACAAGACAUUUUAUUGCUACUAUAAGUUAUGAUUGCAAGUACUUACAAACAACGGCUAAGCUUGCUGUUGGAGAUGAGAGCUUCACUUGUACAGGCAAAACCCUGCUGGACUUGGGGUACACAUCGGUUAUGCACUGGCAGCAGAUACCUAGCGAGGAGAACUUACCUGACUUCCAAGAAGGUCAAGUGUGCAAUGUAGAUGAGGUGAAACUAGUUGAGAAGCAAACCUCUCCACCCGAUUACCUGACAGAGAGCGAACUGAUCACCCUGAUGGAGAAACACGGAAUCGGAACAGAUGCCAGUAUACCAGUUCACAUCAACAACAUCUGUCAACGGAAUUAUGUAUCAGUGGUAUCUGGUAGGAAGUUGAAACCUACAGAUCUUGGUAUAGUUCUGGUGCAUGGGUAUCAAAAGAUUGACCCAGACUUGUCUCUACCAACCAUGCGAUCAGCGGUGGAGCAACAGCUGAACCUGAUUGCAGCCGGCAAGGCAGAUUUCAAUUUGGUGCUAGAUCACACACUGGGAAUCUUCCAGCGUAAAUUUAGUUACUUUGUAGAACAGAUCAAGGACAUGGACGAAUUAUUUGAGGUGUCCUUCUCACCCCUUGCUGCCUCUGGUAAACCUCUUUCAAGGUGUGGCAAAUGCCAUCGUUAUAUGAAGUAUAUUCAAGCUAAGCCAAGCCGUCUUCAUUGUGCUACAUGCAACGAGACCUACAGUCUACCACAUAAUGGUGUUAUUAAACUAUAUAAGGAAAUAAAAUGCCCUCUAGACGAUUUUGAACUUGUCAUGUAUUCCUCUGGUACCAAGUCUGGCAAGAAUUAUCCUUUGUGUCCUUACUGCUUCAGUCAUCCUCCAUUUCAAGGGAUGAAGAAGGGCAGCGGAUGCAAUGAGUGUACCCAUCCAACCUGCCAGCACUCCCUCUCAAAGACAGGGGUUGCUAAGUGCGGGGAGUGUGAGUACGGGAUUCUGGUCCUUGAUGUCAACUCGGCCCCAAAGUGGAAGAUGGCGUGUAACAGGUGCUCUUUCAUGGUUCGACUAUUUACCGAUGCGCACAAGAUAGCAUUAGUUGCUGAUAGUCGCUGUGAGGGCUGUAAUGCUGCAAUAAUGUCUGUAGAAUUUAACAAGGCCAAGACUCCACUAGAAGGAGAAGAGACACACCACUUAGGCUGUGCCUUCUGUGACCCUAUCUUCUCCUCUCUCAUUAAAACAUUCCACCAAGCAGCGAGACCUGUUAGUUCCACACGUGGAAGAGGAGGGACGCGAGGGGGAGGAGGAGGAAGAGGAGGAGGCAGUGGCAGGGGAAGACGGGGUAGGGGAAGAGGAAGAGGAGGAAGGGAUAAGCUUGAUUUUUAAUUGAUUAGAAUAAUAUGAAAACUAGUUUAAAAGAAGUAUUUUUUUACAUAAUUUAUAGCAUUGUAAAAAUCUAUUUUAAAGUUAGCAAUCUGCAUUGUGCUAUGUGCUUCAUGAUCUUUCCAUCCAUCCCUGUUGGCUCCCCAUGUUCUGGUUGUUCCCCAUGAUAUCCACCCAGGGCUACAAAUAAAAUUCUGCUUUUCAAAAUUCUACAUUUGGUUUCAAUCCAGUCAUUCUUUUGAAGCCAAGUGUUGCAGAAUUAUUAUUUUAAUUUGAAAGUGUAUAUUUUACAACUAUAACACAAAUUUCCCUUUCCCUAUUGUAUUAAUAAUCUAUUGGCUAUUUCCACUGUCUUUUAAUUAAUCAUAAUAAGUGGGAUUUGUAUAACGUCUUGAUUAGUUCCUAUGUAUAUUCUAUGCUAUAUGAAUGCUAUAUGCUAUAUGAAUGAAUUCAUAGUGUUGGUAGACAACAUUGUUGUGUGCGUUCUCUUCUGCAUUCUCUAUUAGGAAAUAUGAAAAAAUGAAUUAUGAAUUUCAUAAUCAUGUUGUAUGUAAUAGGUAUAUGCGUGUGUGUGAGUGUUAAGUAUGCACGCUGCUCUAAGAUUGUAAACUAGCAAAUUUGAAAACUGUAAACAUAUUCACUCUUCUCAAGUUGUAAAAUGUACUUCUGUAACUAUGUCUUCAAAUUUCAGUAGUAAAUGAAAAAUUUCCGUAACACCUAAUAAUUCGCCUUGAGUGCAAGAUACGAGUUGCUCAAAAUUGCAGGCACAGCUGUGGAAUUUCAAACAAACUGGACAGAAUGAAGAUUCAUGGUUCACAUUUCAGGACGAUUGGACCCAAUUUGAAAGCGGGUCUGAUUCGAUUUGGUAUUUCAAACAUACUUUUACAUUAUUUUAUUUGUUUGAGCACACAAAACAUGCACCAUGGAUUGUCAAUAGCGAAUAUGUCACUGUCCUACUUUGUAGGUGACAAUCCCUUUCACAAGACAAACAUACACACACAAUACUUUACACAAACUAAAUCUCAAUAUGAGGUUUAGUGAGUGUGAGUUGCUUUGGUCAUGAGAAAAAAAAUCCUGCAACACCAACAGGAACUGAACCCAGGACCUUAGGAUUGGAAGGAAAGCGUCUUAGCUUCCAAAUUAUUAAACUCCAUUCCAAACGGGACAGGAUGAAGAUUUACGGGCCACUUUUUCUUAGUUUUCAAAAUAAUUUAUCAGUUAUCCAACAAGUAUGAGUUGUCUAGGGACACCAAAGGUCCUGAUGGAAAUGUCAUAUGUUCUGGACUUUAGACCUAUUUAUUUAUGGAUCUAUGAUAACUUUCCGUAGUAUUUUUGUCUAUUUCCGUAAGUUCGUAAUUAGAGAAGUGUGCAUAGUUAUUGAAUAUUGGCAUAUAGCUGCAUGCCAUUGAAUCAAAGUUUUCCAAUUAUGUUCUUUUUUAGUCUGCAUAUUAUAAAAAUCCCCUUCCCCUAACAGUAUUAUUUGUUAUCACCUCGUUAUUAUUUUUAUUGUAUGAAAUGAGUUGACAACAAUAUAUUCAUGAUUUUCUGGCAUCAUUGGAGUUGGGUAUUGUGGUGUAUGCUAAUAAAUUUGGCCGUUUGGCACCGUCACCUGUACUCUAUGAAUCGUGGAGCAUUCCCGAGAGUCACACAAAAUGAUGAAUCUGAACUUGGGGUCUUU